AUGCCGGGCGCAGCUGAAGGACUGGAGGACUGGUGUUCCCGCCCAGGGGGCAGACCCAGGCAGACCCAGGCAGACCCAGGCAGACCCUGGCAGACCCAGGCAGACCCAGGCAGACCCAGGCAGACGCAGGCAGACGCAGGCAGACCCAGGCAGACCCAGGCAGACCCAGGCAGACCCAGGCAGACCCAGGCAGACACAGGCAGACCCAGGCAGACCCAGGCAGACCCAGGCAGACCCAGGCAGACCCAGGCAGACCCAGGCAGACCCAGGCAGACCCAGGCAGACCCAGGCAGACGCAGGCAGACCCAGGCAGACCCUGGCAGACGCAGGCAGACGCAGGCAGACCCAGGCAGACCCAGGCAGACGCAGGCAGACGCAGGCAGACCCAGGCAGACCCAGGCAGACCCAGGUAGACCCAGGCAGACCCAGGCAGACCCAGGCAGACCCAGACAGACCCAGGCAGACCCAGGCAGACCCAGGCAGACCCAGGCAGACCCAGGCAGACCCAGGCAGACCCAGGCAGACGCAGGCAGACCCAGGCAGACGCAGGCAGACCCAGGCAGACCCAGGCAGACCCAGGCAGACGCAGGCAGACGCAGGCAGACCCAGGCAGACCCAGGCAGACGCAGGCAGACGCAGGCAGACGCAGGCAGACCCAGGCAGACCCAGGCAGACCCAGGCAGACCCAGGCAGACCCAGGCAGACCCAGGCAGACCCAGGCAGACCCAGGCAGACCAGGCGAGGCCACGCGCGCGCCGGCUGGGAACCGGUCCCCGUAGAGGGUUGAACGAACUGCGAGCUACGGCGAGGAACAUCCACACAAGCUACGGCGAGGAACAUCCACACAAGCUACGGCGAGGAACAUCCACACAAGCUACGGCGAGGAACAUCCACACAAGCCUGCUGCAGGUGUUCCUGCGCGCGAACCACGCGGCGAACAAGCUGCAGAGCAGCGCCUCAGGGGAAAGCAGCCACAGCCGCAGGAAGCGCCACUUCCUCCCGCCACAGGAGCCACACACGAGCCACAGCAGCGAGCACGUGGGUCAGUCUGCUGGUCGCACCGUCUGCCGCGCCUUCCACCUCCAAGGCGCUGGCGGCGCGCGCGUCGGGUCGCGUGACUCAGGCGCGGGGGCGACCAUCUGCGGUGACAACAUGCGGAUCACUAGUCGGCCGUGCGACGCCGCGCACACAUAG